GCGAGAGUGCGCGGUGUAAGUGUGACACAGAGAUGUCAAGCAUUGGAGCUCCGCAACUUGACCCGUGCAGGCGCUGGGUGGAUGUGUGUCUGGUGGACGCGCUGCGCUGUCAUGGCUUUCGCGUGCCCUACGAACGCGACGGUCCAUUUCGAGCGCUUCGUGACGGCCGCAGAUUCUUGGAACCGUGGAAGCUGCCUGGCCAAGUACACCGUGACACCGGACAGGGUUCAAGGGUGUCAUGCAGAGUCCCUCGAGUCAAAUCAUGUGUCUCUCUGUCGACUGAGGUUUACGCUGCUGCCACUUUGUGCUACUGACCUCAGCGUGGGCAUGAAGCAAGAGAAACUCAUAGUGGCGACCAAGGGGCAUUUCGUGGCACUGCGACAAGUGGAUGGCUGUUGGGAAAUCAAUUUCCACAAUCGAACGCACUCGUGGGAGCCAUGCAGCAUCCUUUGGGGAUGCGACGAGCCAGGUGCGCUUUAUUGGUACAAUAGAGAGGAGCGCAGCUGGCAACUCUCCAUUCGUCAUGUUGAAGGCAUCUUCAAACUUGCCCCACAGCUAAACGAUCCACGUCACGGUGCCCAGGGCGAUGUUGUUGAUGUGGUGGGUGCAGCUGCGUUCUCCGCAGUUGUGGACGUGGUCUGGAAAGAGAACUGGUGGCGGGCUUUGCCUUUAGAGACGUUGUGUCACCUGCGAGCAGUCAGCCAAAGACACUAUGAAAGUCUGCGGUGCCUGCGGGAUGCAUGGGAUUCCUUUGAAGCCAAUGUGUUGGAAAAGGGCCUGUGGCAAUUGAUGACGCAGCGCCUCCGCGGUCCGACAAUGACCGAGGCUGCCUUGCCGCGGCUGCGUUGGGAUUUUGGCUGCAGCCAAAGCUUGGAAGACAUGUUUUUCGAGGAUUCCAAACGCUGCACCUUGAAGGGGCCGUUGUUGCAGCAAUGGCUGCGUAACAACUCUGGAAAUGAGGAAGCAGUCGAAUUUUUGGCGGCCUCUGCAGGAAGAGCGGGCAAGAGGUUGCUCUCCACUGCAACCCUGUCAGGAAUGGAGGUGAACAUUACUGAGUACGUGUUUCUGCUGCAGCUUGGUCCGGCGCGGGCGUAUGUCACCAUUGGAGAAACCAAGGAAGUGCAGUCGCCUACGUCUGCAUGGUCCUUUCCUAGUCCGGACAGUGACGCAAGCGAUGCAACUGGCACGGACAGGGAUGUAUUAGGAGGAUCCAGUGGGCCGGUGGGUGACAGGACGACAAUCACUGAGACGCCUGCGGUGAAUGAGCGGGUUAUGGUGUUGAAGUCAGAGUGGCUCGAGGAGAUUUUGGACGGGCGCAAGGUCUUGGAGCUUCGAGGAAAGUCGGCGCAGGUUGGCAAUGUCUGGCUAGCCUGCCGCAGCACUAUUUAUGGCCGCGCGCAGAUCACCUUAUGCCAACGGCUCGACUAUGCUCGCUUCACGGAGCUGCGGCCGCAGCAUGGUGUCCACCGGGCACUUCCCUACAAAAAGACGUGGGGCUUAUGGCUUGCAGAUGUGGCGCGGCUGGAAAAGUCGGUGAACUUUCAGAAGCUCUGGGGUGCGGUGGGGUGGUGUCGUGUGAGAUAUGGGCUUGUCCCGUGCCCGGAGAAGAAGCACACGCAGCAGGAGUCGAUAUCCCCAGGUAAAUUUGGUAUCUUCAACCUUGGCAGCACUUGCUUUGUGAAUGCUGUGCUUCAAGCGCUGUUGCGCACGCCGGCGAUCCACCGGUGUGUGGCGCAGUGCUCGACAGGCUGCGGAUCGGAAACAUGCACGUGGCAGCUGCUGCGGCAAAUGAACACUGUGUUGCAGACACGAACUGCCACGGCUGAAGAUAUGCAGCCAUGGCUCGCUUUUCUCCAGAAUCAUGGUUUUGACGGACACAGCCAGGACAGCGCACUCCUCUUUGCCAAUGCUCUGUGUGAAGCGUUGACACAGGACGAGGGGUGGUCAAGAGUCAAGGGGCAGACGUGGGAGCGCAGGGCAGCUUGCGAUGUGCGAGCCGGGCCCGGCAUUGUGGAAGCAUGGCCUGGAGUGGCGCUCGAAACAUCGCCUACUUGCAGCCAUGUGCCGGAGCUUUUGCGGCAGCAGUGGGCGGAGAGAACCCUGGAUGAAGGAGUCCGUUGUGACGAGUGUGCGCAAACCUGCACCGUCAAGCAACGUGUAUCCCUCGAAGGAAUUUGUUCUGCGCCCAUUUUCGGGUUCCCUCGAGCAGGGCACAUUGGAGUGGACGGGGUACAGCGUCGGAACGAGGAUAGAGUGGUGUGUCCGGAGACAUUGGACCUUGGGAGCAAGAACUUUACUUUGGCGGCUAUUGUUGAGCAUCUGUCCCAUGCUGGGGAAGCCAGGGCUGGGCACUUUGUAGCGUGGGCUCGCAACGGCGAUGGAUGGCUGCGGUUUGACGACACUGCGGUCCACUGGUUCGAGGAAUUGCCAGAGACAGUUUGGCGCAACAUUGUCCUGGGAGUCUAUUCUUCUGAAGAGCAUUCCAGCGACUUUGCACAGCUGCCGGGUGAGGGAUGGCCAGCAGCAUCCGUCGGGUGCGAAGAUUUGGACGGCAGGAAUGUCGGCCCGGCGGAGGCUUUAGCCACCUUGCCGCCCGCGCGGAGCACUGCGGGACAGAGCGAGCUGCUGCAGGAGAUGGUCGCGUGCGUGGCUGCAGAGGAACUACGCACCGAGUCGCUCAACCAAGCUGCUCCGAGUCGAUUGUGUUUGCCCCGUCUCGACGACGAGAUGGAGAAACCUUUGCAGGCAAACUUAUGCAGCACCUUUGCUGCUAGUCAUGUUGACAGAAGUGCACAAUUUGAGAUGUACGUGGCAGACUUCUGCCGAACCCUGCGAGAUGGAGGAAGUGUCGUGGGUGCGUUGCGGGCUGUCCCAGCAGCCAUUGAAGGGACCGGUGAGAUUGACUGGGAAGUUUGCCUCAACGACUUCAAGCUCGGGUUGCUGGAUGUAAAGCAAGAUGCAGUGGAGUGCUGCAACGAGAUUGAGGUCUUUCUACCGCUGUGGCGAACCAUGCCUCUGCAUAUGGCCGUGGUUUGGACUAGCUUGUCGCGCGUGCUGUCUUUGCCGCUGAUCAUGUUGUGGGAUGCCUUUAAAGUGAUACUCAGCAGCCUUUUGCACAAGGAUAUUGCUGUGGAGUGGCAAGAUUAUUGUCUGCGACAGAGAUACUGGGCUGUCAUCGCAUCCGAUCCUGGAGCAGGUAAGAGCCCAGCACUGGAGUUUGUUAUGACGACAUUGCGAAAGGCAAUGUCGCUAGAUGAUCUUGCUGAUUGCUUCCCGGGCAAUGCUGCAGAAGAAUUCCAUAUUGUAAAUGAUAGCACACAUGCAGCAUUUGGCGCUCGUCUGAACAGAGCCGAUGGCUAUGCUCUGCUGGCUAGCCCGGAAGCCGCCACAACUCUGUGCCCAAAGUUUCCCAGCUCCGGUGAAUUCAACAAAAGCACCCACAUUGACUUGGAGCGGGCUCUGGAAGGUGCAACGGGAGGUGCUAUUCAUUGGACAACCCAGGCAGAUGUGUUAGCGAAACAACGCAACGCACGCCAAGCGGAGCAAGUUGUGGACAAGAGCGUGCAUCAUACUAGUACCAAUCUGAGCUUCGUUUUUUUCCAGCAGAUCUCAAUGCUCCAGUCAUGGUGGGCACAAGGAGAGGCACGAUGGAAAAAGGGCCUGACCAACCGGUUUCUCUUCAGCGCUGGCAGGCGCCCAGUGGAGGUCGGCGCUGUGAGAGGAGCUGCGCAAAAGAUUCAGGAAUAUUUAGUCUUGCUUCUUCGCACUGUCGCUAAACACUUUGGGUGUGGGUCGCGCCCGGCUAGACCUUUUCGUUUGCCGCCAGCCGCCGCAUCUUCGUUCUUGGAAGCACGAGCCAUUGGGACAGAGCUAGCGCAAGACAAGACUUUUGCGGAUCAUGGGAGCUUGCAUUCGAUGUUGGAAAAAAUGCCCUCGUGGCUGACGCAUGAAGCUUUAAGCAAUGCUAUUUUGCGCGCUGCGGACAACUGCGUCCUGUCUGGUACUCCUAUCCCUCCAGAUGAUGCAUUGAUCCAAGAAUUGGAGUGCAAGAGCGCUUUGCAGUUCGUGUACCUUCGUCUCGACGCUUGGUGA